AGGAUAAAAAUCCUAGACUAGCUUUGAGGGUUACAUGUACACUCGGAGUCUGGGACUAAAACCUGCAAGCUGAAGCUGCUGUAGCCAUGGCAGGGGACGAAAAGUUAAGCAUCUAUAAAGCUUCGAGAUGUAUAAAAAGGAAAGAAAACUCUCUCUUCAACGCUCUCCGAUCUAUUUACGAGGAUUCAAUCUUCGUCGGAGAGAUCAAACAGCUCUGGCCUGACCUUCCUGUCCUAGCCAACCUUCGGUGCGGUCUCUGGUACUCUCCUCAAUUCGAAUCCACUUGUUAUUUCAAAUCCACCGACGGACACUGUAAUAACUGGUCCUUCAACACUUCUCGCCUCAAUCUCCAUGUCGUUCGCCUAGCUGGACAGAGGGGAGGAUGCAUUAUAGUUGAUUCUACUCGCAAAGGUAAACGGUUUCCAGACAGUAUGGCAAAGACUAUACCCAUAUGGAUUUGUGUCUUGAAUCGAGCUAUAGCCAACUAUAUAAGGGAAACACAGGGAAAAGAUGAAAAUGCUCAGAGGUUGGAGACGACGUCAAGAGUUUGUGAGACUGGCAGUACAGAACAUGUUCCUUGUGAUUGGGAUUGCUCUUUGCAUCUUCCCCUUUGGGUCUCUGGAACUGAGAAAGCAGCUAUUGAGGAUCGCCUAGAGGACUGGACCAGGCAGUUGGAAGCUAGUGGUGCUGAUAUUGGUUCUCUUGCAUCAUUGUUGAGAAAGCCCUUACGCCCUCUAUGGAUUUCGCAAAAAACUGUCAUCUGGCUAAAUGAAGUUCCUGAUUGUGAUUCCUGGGGUUUCACGCCCAUCAUCCUCGUCUCAGCAUCCUCGUCAAAUGGCAUCAUUCAGCAGAGAAAUACCUCAGAAUACAGUUGGCAGUAUAUACCAGGAGCAGGGGAUGAUGAAGAAAGCUGGGCCAGAGGUUUAUCAUCUAACCUUUUCUGGAAGCAUGUGUAUGAUCUCCUAAACUCAGGGCCUGAUUUGUGUAAUCAAAAAGUGGCUGAUAUUGUUGAACAUGACCGAGUUUAUCGUGCUCAAAGGGGAGAGAUUGCUCCUCAGGUCACAAUCAAGUCUCAGAAGUUGCAAACAAGUAAUGGUCAUAUCUCUGACGAAGAUUCAUCAGUGAACUCUGGGAUUUCAAAUUAUCAAAUUGAUGUAAGUUCCAGUGAGGAGUCUUCUAUUUAUUGGCUGGGUUCAACUAAUCUUGCAGUUGCUGCUACUCAAUUUGCUGCUAGUGUUUCCAAUGUCGAUUGCAUAUUGAACUGUGAUAUUGAGCUGCUCCCUCUGAGUCUAAAUGCAGAUACGUAUUUACAUCUACCCGUUGUGGGAUCGAAAUUUGAUCGGUUUUCCUUGCUGAGAAAUCUUCCUUCUGCACUUAAAUUCGCAAAGUUAAACUUAAGCAAAGGAAGGACACUUCUGGUUUGCUGUUGUAAUGGGGAAGACAUUAGUAUAUGUGUGUGCCUGGCAAUCCUAAUAUCCUUAUUUGAUGAUAGAGGUGAGUUCCUGUAUUAUGCAUACACAAUAAAAUGGUGCAACGUUUGAGACUCGAAUGAUUUCUGUUUGACAUGGGACUAAACCAGUUGGUAGAAUCAUUUAUAGCAUUAUCAAUCACAGUGUUUUUUCUAGCCAAGGAUU